AUGAGUGAAACCAAAUCGAAGGACAGCUAUCAGAAGUAGAAUCUGAUCAUCAUUGGAUAACACUAUGUAUUAAAAACCUGCAUUUACAGAGGCAAAAAACAUAACUGGUAUUUGGCCAUCAACCAAGCAUAGCCAGGUAAUUACUUCAUCGUCAGAUUGUUCAUUUACCUGAUAGGCAAACACAAACAUAGACAGUUUACAAGAGGAAGAAAAACUCCUGAAAAAGCUGGCUAAUGGUGA